AAGGGGAAGGAACUAUGAUGCCAGAUUUCUUCACUCAGAACGGAAGAGAAAGACUAUAACUUUUGUCAUAGACUUUGGUCUCAUAUUUCAGUAAAAUGUUCAGCAUGUGUGUCGUUCUGCUCGUCUUUUCCAGCAUCUCUACAGCUGUUGUUGGUGCUCCAGAAACAGUCAGAGGACACAGAGGAGAGCGGCUUGACAUCAGAUGCAGCUAUGAAUCUGGAUACGAAUCAAAUUCAAAGUAUUUUUGUAAAGGAGAGUGUGUCUUUGGAUUUAGAGACAUCAUUAUUAAAUCAGGAUCUCCAGCUGAAGACGAGAGAUUCUCUCUGACUGAUGACACGACGGCCAGAGUUUUCACCGUCAGCAUCACUGACCUGAGAACAGAGGAUACAGGACGAUACUGGUGUGGUGUGGAGAGGAUUUUAAGUGAUGUCUAUUCAGAGAUUAAGCUGCUGGUUAAUGAGAAUCAGAUUCAACAAACCACCAGCAUCACAAUCACAGAAAGGAAAACCACUAUCACAGAUCAGGACAGCUCCUCAACAGGUUAUGUCUGGAACACAGAGUCUGUCAUCUACGUCUCUGUGGGGUUAGUCAUCGUGAUGAUCAUCUUCCUCGCUGUGCUGACGGUGUUGUGUAGGAAGAGAAGCAAGAAAUCACCAAGAGUUACACAAUCUGGGCUUUCACCACAAGUCUCCAUUGUGCUUCUUCCUUUGAAUGAACACACUGCAGAGGAGAUUGACUGCAAAGACCAUAAACAUGAGGAUAUCAACAAGCUGAAGGGCAAGAACAAAGACAUCUACACACUCUACACUAUAAUAGACAGACCAGAAGAUCCAUCAAUCUACUCAACAGCAGAUAAACCAGACGAUUCAAUGAUCUACUCAACAGCAGAUAAACCAGACGAUUCAGUGAUCUACUCAACAGCAGAUAAACCAGACGAUUCAGUGAUCUACUCAACAGCAGAUAAACCAGAUGAUUCAGUGAUCUACUCAACAGCAGAUAAACCAGACGAUUCAAUGAUCUACUCAACAGCAGAUAAACCAAAAGAUUCAAUUAUCUACUCAACAGCAGAAUGUCCAGAAGAUUCAAGGAUCUACUCAACAGCAGAUAAAUGAGACGAUUCAAUGAUCUACUCAACAGCAGACAGACCAGAAGAUUCAAUGAUCUACUCAACAGCAGAUAAACGAGACGAUUCAAUGAUCUACUCAACAGCAGAUAAACGAGACGAUUCAGUGAUCUACUCAACAGCAGACAGACCAGAAGAUCCAAGGAUCUACUCAACAGCAGAUAAACGA